AUGACGGCCAUUGUCGUCCUCGACCCACUCCCCACACCGCGACCAGACCACAAACGUUACACAAACCCCCCACCCACCAAACUCGGGGUAUUCUUCUGGCGCUGGCGGGUAUGGUUCGAAGCGACGUUCGCACUCACCGUCAUGGAGCCUUGGGAGCAAUCCGUAGCUCUGGCGAUAUACCUCGUUGUGUUCGUUCUCAUCCUCAUGUACCUCGUGCUCUACCUCCCGCAACACAUGGUGGUGAUGCAGAGGCGGGCAGUUUAUUAUUUAUGGGGCGAGGAGGGGGAUGAGAAGGUUUGGUGGUGA